AUGGCAGAUGAUUCUUCAUCCAUUUAUGAGUAUUUUAAGCAGCAGCAACAACAACAACAACUGCAACAACAGCAACCAUCUUCAUCAACAAGAAGUGGUGGAAGAAGAUCUUCAUCUUCAACAGCAAAAACUUUUCAAUGUCUUUUUUGUUAUAGAAAGUUCUACACUUCUCAAGCUCUUGGUGGUCAUCAAAAUGCUCAUAAGCUUGAAAGAGCUGCUGCAAAAACAAGAACCAUUAACCUUAACAACUACACCACCACCACCACCAACAACAACAACAACAACGUUGGUACUGUCUCUUUCUCUUCACCACAACCACAACAGUCACCACCUUCAUUUUCUUUCAUGAAUGAACCAGAAAACUUAACUACUAUGUCUCAUCAACAACUUGAACCGUUUCAUCCUCAAUAUGAAUACCCUUAUUGGCAAAACCUUGAAAUGGAACAGUUUCAUCAAACUCAACAUCCUCAGUUUCAUCAAAAUCAACAGUACCAUGUUACAACAAACACUUUUCCUAUGGAUCCUUUCAAUGGUUCUUCUUCUGCUUCAUACUACACUCAUCCUGAUGAGCAACAUGUUUUCUACAACAAUGCUACUGAUGAUGUUGCUGCUGCUGGUUCUCCAUCUCAUGAUGCUUCUGAAAAUGUGAAUCUUGACCUCACACUUCACUUGUGA